CUGUCACUUCCGUCACAGAUGACCUAACCUCAUUUUAGUUGUUUAUUUACUGCUUGCAAAAAAGUGAUUUUUCCACAAAAUUGCAGACUCCCUAUUAAAAAAACCGCCCUUCUGGUGAAAAUUCCAACAUGGAGCUCCUUAUAGCCAACGUGGAGCAUUACAAGUUCGAUAUAGAAGUUUAUCUGGAGGAGCAGUAUGGGGCUCUGCCUUUGCCCUUUCCAGGCAUGGAUAAAUCAACGACAGCGGUGUGCCAGUUCUACCAAACACCCAACGGUUGCCCCAAAAACAACAGCUGCCCCUUCAGACACGUAAGGGGCGACCGCACGAUCGUCUGCAAACACUGGCUCCGCGGCCUAUGCAAAAAGGGCGACCAGUGCGAGUUCCUGCACGAGUACGACAUGACGAAGAUGCCCGAGUGCUACUUUUACUCGCGCUUCAACGCGUGCCACAACAAGGAGUGUCCGUUCCUGCACAUCGACCCCGAGAGCAAAAUCAAAGACUGCCCGUGGUACGACCGCGGGUUCUGCCGUCACGGGCCCCACUGCAGGCACCGUCACGUGAGACGCGUCUUGUGCACCAACUACUUGGCCGGCUUCUGCCCCGAGGGGCCCCGCUGCAAAUACAUGCACCCGCGGUUCGAGCUGCCCGCGCCCCCCGAUCAGAAGCAACAAGACAAAACGAAACCGCCGAUCAUAAUUUGUCACUUUUGUGGGGAGUACGGGCACAAGGCGAUCCACUGUAACAAGAUGUCGGAGCACCACCAUCAGAGGGAGCUGCAGGCGAUGAUUAAUAAUGCCCCCGAUAAGGGGGUGCAAGGGACCCCGAGGCCUCAAUUGAAGAAGCUGGAGGACGUGACGUGUUACAAGUGCGGGGCCAAGGGGCAUUACGCGAACAAGUGCCCCAAGGGGCAUUUGGCCUUCUUGAGUCAGAAGGCGAACCAGUUGAAGAACGAGAGGUUGAAGCAGCAGCAGUUGCAACAGCAACAGCAGGGCAACGGGGGGGAGAAUAUCGAUGUGGAUAUGGGGGUUUGAGGGGAUUUCUUUAGGUUAAGGUUGUGUAUAUAUAUGUGGUCACCUAUAAUAAUAAAAUGCAUUUUUUUUAAA